CGGCCACCUGAAGCGGCAGUAGCGGUAAACUGAAGUGGCUUAUUGACCUGACUGAUUGGCUGGAGGGCGUCCUCCUCGAUCAGACACCGCUACCGCAAACAACAGCAUCAACAGCAGAAGCAACAGGGAGACCGACAAAUCCUUUCUCUUGCUUGCCAUUUGAUGCUGUUAAUGCCGCCACCAUCGCUGCCGCUAGCCGAACCUUUCUCCUGGCGUCGACAGCCAGCCAGGCGGCUGGCCAACGCCGAGUGUUCUCGUUGGAACAGCAGCAGCAGCAGCAGCAGCAGCACUUGCCGCUCCUGCUGAUGCUGCUACUAGUGUUGGUCUAUGGCGAUGCUGCCAGCGUUCUCCUGCGUCGCGACCACUACCGCCGCCAGUCGGACGGGAACGCCACUAACCAAACUCAUCGUAGCCGUCGUGCUUGUCAUACUUCUAGCAGCUGCUAUCAUUGUUGCAGAAAGGAGGGCAGCUGGGAGGGAGGCUGGGAAGAAGGCAGACUGCUCGAUCCGUUCCAUCUAGAAGCCAGCAGUAGCAACGCCGGCGGCGGCAGCACUAGCGGCGUACCGAUAGCGUCACUACCGCUACUAGACGAUCGCCCCUCUAUUCAACGUCGGCCACAACGCUGCCACCAUCAGCGUUAACAACAACAAAAACAGCAACGACACAAUCAACUGCUCUUGCCGCAGCAACAGCAGCAGCAGCAGCAGCAGCACAAGUAAGCAUAUGGUAGUGAUUGUUGUCGUCGCGGUGAACAUGGAGGGGUGCUGUGCCGAUAGAACUUACGGAGUACUUGCUACCAAUAAUAGCCUAGACUAGUCAGUGAUACCGUGUCGACUAGAUGGCGACUGGAUAUUAAUAGGUCCGUUCUGGCUGAUUAAUAACCACUGGAUUACUACGAUAAUAUAACAAAGACAGCAGCAGCUAGUACUAGUGCUGGGUACUAGAACAACUGCGAUAAGUGCGCUACGUCGAGUGCACUGCUGGACCCGUCAGUUUAUUUUGCAGUAACGUUUUGGGUAAGGCGAGUUUAGCAGCGCGCCGCCUGCUCCUGGCUGUAGUCCGUCCAUCUCUUCGCGUAUGGAACGGAGUCGUAAUCUCACCAACAUGUUUCCGUCUACCUAGGUAACACCUAUGGAGUCGCCAGCGCCACGGAUGCUGCCUCUGCGGCAUGCAGUAGAAAGCUCAAUGUCACUCUCUAGCUGACCCCCAAAGCAUCCGGGAGAAGCAGCAUUGCUACAGUGACUGUAACUACAACACUAGUCGAAAUUCGCAGAUUUUACCGGCGUGCCCGAUAGCGAAGAUCCCACAUAACCGCGCCAUAUAUAUAUAUAUAUAUAUACGUUACAGAUAACAGCCUGACAAAAUUACAUUGCUGUCUCAACACCAUGGCUAAAGUUCGUCAUAUGCCUGCGGCGUUCGCCAACCAAACAAACGGUCAGGCGACGCCUACUAAUUCGUCUCCGAAUGGAAGCUCAACUUCAUCAACGACAUCAAACGGCGCUCAGAAACCAUCGCUACAUCCAGGGCAGCUCUUCAAAAUACCGAAGAUUUCAGCCGCUUCGCCAACGCAGACAUCGAACGGAAACGGAAAUCUCAGUUUUGAGGACGUCCUCGGUAGCGGUGAUACUGUUAUGAGGUCACCGAAGCACAAGUCGCACCGAAGUUCGGACAGUUCAGGAUCGGGUUACCGCACGCCGAAAAAGGACGACCGAUCAUCAUUACAGUUGUCAUCUCCGUCGACGUCAGCAUCCGCCCCGGUUCGGGGUGACAAGGACAACAAGAGCGUUUCUAGUCAAAGCCAACAGCAACCACAACAACAACAACAACAACAACAACAACAACAGCAGCAACAGCAGCAGCAGCAGCAACAAGCCUCAGUGGAGUUGUCGUUUGCAGGCAGUCGACCAUCCAGAGACGCGGAUCGACCGGCCGGCGGCCGGCAGGAAGACUGUAGUCAUCGGAACAGUCACCGACGCGAAGAAAGGAGUCGUGAUCGAGGCGAUAGGGACAAAAGCCUCAAGGAUAUCGGCAGCGAUCGUGACAAGAAUCGCGAUAGGGACCGCGACAGACAACAGCGGGACAGAAACCGAGAGACUCGCUGUGAAAAGGAGCGAAAAGUAGGGGGAGGAGGAGGAGGAGCAGGAGGAGAAUGUGGAGGAGGAGGGGGAGAUUAUCAUCGGGAUCGGGAGAGGGAACGGACCCGUGAGAGGGACCGAGAUCGUGACCGAAGUAGAGAUCGCGUCGAGCGCAAAGAAAACCGUGAGAAAAGUAGCAAAUCAGGUGUGGCACCAAGUGGAGGCGGCGACAAGGGUGAAAGAGAAAGGGAUAACAAUAAGGAAUACCGGGACCGCGGCAAGGAACGGCGUCGAGAAAAGGAGGUGACGACGCCGCCGGCAGCAACAGGAGGAACAAGCAUAAUACCACCUAUAAUUGUAGCUAGCCGUGCUACGAGUGACAGUAGUGGGGGCAGUUAUGUUGAAAAUGAGGACUCGAUAAAGACAGAUCGUGUUAACGGACGAACGUCGGCUCAAAGUGAUGACGAGCGACUCCAAGAGAAACUUGGCGAAAGACGAUGUGAUGUUGCAGACAAGGCGAAACAUAUUACGCGCGAGGAAGCUGUCCACACGGAGGAACUAGUCGCCAUACUGCAACGUGAACAACAGCGUCGAAAGGAGAAAGAGGAGCUUCGCGAACGGCGGCGUGAAGAUGAGCGACAAUGGGAGUCCACCAACGAGAAAGAGGCCAAAGAGAAGACCUGGCAAGAAGCCAAGACGGCGUCACCAUCUAGCACGGUUCCGUUCUCAGAAAUUAAAGUCGAACCUAUCAAGGAAAAAUACAAUGAGCCUACGUCCUCAACAAUGAGACCAGCGAAAGUGCCGAAAUUAGACGUCCCUAGUCCCCGAGCGUCGACUCCCAGUCCUGUGCUUCCACCAAGUAUACCCGGUUUGACGAUCACCCCUUUAGCCCCAACGCCCCAACCCGCGUUUCAGACGUCAGUGUCGUCGUCACCUGAUCUUCAGAAACUGCUUAAGACACUCGGAACUAAUAUUAUACCAAUUACCGAAAAGAGCAAAUCACCUACAAGUGGCCUUACAAUUCAACCCAUUUCAGCACCGGCCGUAGCCCCACAACCACCUGCCCCUGUUGCAUUACCCCCAACUCCACCAAAAGCAACACUGCCUGCUGUCCCCGUGUCGGCGUCAACUCCGAAAGUUCAGCAAGGUCCCGACGCCAAUAUGUUUUUCAAAAAGCUGCCCUCCCCUAUGGAGAUCAAUAACGCACAGUUGAAGCAGCCAAAUGGGGCUGGCUUCUUUAAGUUGCCUCCUGGCACGACAAAGUACAUCGCUGAGAACAAACAGCGCCGGCUCGCCCCCCCAACAACCCUUCCAGCAGCAGCAGCGCCGCCGCCGCCGCUACCACCACAACUAUCCGCAAAAGGAUCCUCGCUGCCUGGGGUAGCUAAUGCAGGCAACUUCGACACAGCACUAGCCAUGGCGGCUAUGCUGCAAAGCGCUAUUUUGCACAAAAUGAAAGAACCUUUGAACGGGCUCACCCUCAGUGAUCUCUUCAAAAAUGGCCUCGUUUCGCAGACCGCUAGUGAGAAAGCGCUCCAGCAGAAGCAACAGCAGGCUCUUCAUCAGCAACAGCAGGUACAGCUGCUGUUGCAGCAGCAAGCACAACAACUCUUGCAGCAACAGGCUGCGCAACAGCAGCAACAACUUCAGCAGCAACAAAAGAAAUUCAAACAACAGCAACAGAUUGCAGAUGCGAAAAAGGUUGACGAAACAAAAGUACUUCAGGAACUCAAGCGUAAAAUGGAACAGGCUGCCAUGUUGGAAAUCAAGAAGAAGUGUUUGCAGCCGUCAGCGUCUGUUGUACCAGCCUCUACAACAGUCGCUUCUACUAUAAUUUCACCCCCACUGUUGCCUGUUCAAACCUUGGCGUCUCCAGCUGCAACAACUGGCAUAGGGACUCAAGAUUGGACUUCCUUAGAUUUAAUGGUCCUCACGGAACGUAUGAAACGAGCAAUACCUGGACCAGAUCACAUGCAAUUUGGAAAAAUGGAGGGCCGCCUCGACUGGAGCCAAAUCGCCUUCGCAAAGUACUCACCUGCGGACUGCCGUACGAAAUGGAGCGAGUUGAGUCGAAAGGUACGCCAGUUCCGUACGUUGUCCGAACUACUGGCAGACACACAGGAGUUAAUCAAGACAUCGGCCCCUGGAGUUUUAACCGUUGCCCCAGGCGGCCCAAGUAGAGAGCGUGAGCCACGAAAGCCGGCCAAACAUCCGGAGUUGCCAAAGAAGCCGUUAACACCUUACAUAAGGCAGCUGUGGAACAUGAGGAACGGGCGCCGACGUACGCCUACUUCAACAGUGGCGGCCAGCGUCUCGUCUUCUACCGCAGCAACCGUGUCGUCUGCGCCUGAUGCUAGUGGGGUCAUUACCAUUAAUCUGCCUUUGCCAGCUGCACCAGAGACGUACCUGGUGGACAAACUGAAGGUGGUUAAGGAACGAUACCCGGACCUUAGUCACACUGAAGCCUCAAAACAGAUUACGGACAAGUGGCACACGCUCAGUGAGACCAAAAAACAACUACUCAAAACUCAGUUCGACCUCGAUAUGGUGGACUACCAGAAAAAAUUGGAGAAGUUCUUCCGCAACUAUCCGGACGCCAAUCCAAGCAAAAGUGGAAGUUUGGCCGCAGCAAUGGCCGCUGUAACGGCGGCGGCAGCAGCACCUGCUCCUGUUGGCAGGCCUAAAACUCCAACGAAAUCCGAGCCAAAGGAGCAAGAACCAGUGAAAACGCUUCCAUCUAUGGAUCUUAAAACGUUGGAAGAUCGAAUUCUUAAGCAUGUUAGAGCCACUUUGGAAAAGUUGGCUGCAUCAAGCGCACCACUUGCAGAAAAACCACCGAAUAAUGGAUAUGCCCUAUUCGCUAAAAUUUGCCAGGUCGAUCUGGAAUCAUCGAAUCUCACCUUUAAAGAAAUGAUGUCAGAAAUGAUGAAACGAUGGCAAUUGUUAACGAAAGAUCAUCGAAAACAGCUCAGUGAAUCGGCCAAAGCGAUAAAGGUGGCGCAUGAUGAAAAAUUUGGCCAUCUUAACCAUAACAAGGUCCAUCUCGAUAAAGAUGGCAAGGUCAUAGUGAGUGCUAUGCCCAUCGAGAGCAAAAAGCCGAAAAAAACUAUCCAGACUAUCCCAGUACCGAUAGAGAAGCCACCUGUUGAAAAGGGAGAUUUUGCCAACGACGAGAUCACCCCGCUGGAGCUGUACAAGAAGGAAAAAUUCGCCCGCCUUAAGGAGGAUUAUCCUGUAAAGCCGGACCAUGAGUUGUAUCGUGUUUUGACAAAGCAAUACAUGGAUUUGGGUCAUGAGGACCGUCUCGUGUGGCGUGAACGAGCUAAGAUGGUCAAUGAAGAGCGUCGAGUGAAAGAGAACUUAAAAAACAAGGAACAGGAAGCGAAAGAAAGGACCAAGAAGCCACAAAGGAUACCCAAACGAAAGCCCCUACCUGGAGAACCCAAAAGGCCCCCAAUGAGCGGGUAUUCGGUAUUCACGAAUGAAGUAAUGCAGCGCCUACGUGAUACAAAACAACCGAAAGUCCUAAUUAGCGUCGUGGCAAAGCAGUGGACGGCGCUUCCAAUUGAGCAAAAGUCUGAGUAUAAAGCUAAAGCGGCCGAGUUGAAUAAAGCCUACAAAGAAGAAGUGGCAAACUUCCUCAAAACGCUAGGUCCUGAUCAGGUGGCAGACUACAAAGCGCAUCUAGAAGCCACAAACAAGCGAAGAGGUCGCCGCAACCAGGAACGAUCCGAUCGUCGUGGGCUGUCAGAGGAUAGCGAGGAUGUCGAAGAUGAAGUCGUGCUCAGCCGCGAUGCCGAUGAGGAAUCUCAAUCCGAGAGCGAAGUCGAGCUCCGACAUUCGAGUGCGGCAGAUUGCACAUCGUCAGAGAACGAAGACGACGAGCAACUGCAACCUGAACCAACAUCAAUUUCGGUGGGAGCAGCAGCGUCCCCAGCGACGCCGGCAUCAGACGGCAGCGGUGAUCAUUCGAAGAAACGACGUCCGGCUACCGACGAAUCGUCCUCUGACGAGGACGAGGGCGAGACAGCAGCUGCUACGCCUCAACCGCCAAUGAUUCCAAUGCCGAGCUUAGACACAGUUGAAAGCCUAACAAAAGAAACUACGAUCGAGAUAAAGGAUAGCAGUAGCUCAUCGGAUGACGACGCCAGCACCGAAGGAGGCGCUAGUGAGGAUGAAGACGAUACCAGCGACGAAGAUGAUGAGGAGGACAGUGACGAGGCCGAAGGCGAAGGCGAAGGAGAAGCGGGCGCCGACGCCGAAGAUGGCAAAGAGGUCGAAGCAGAUGAAAAUGGCGACAGUAAUAACCGUGAUGCUGAUCGAAACGAUAAUGACGACAAUCAAGAUCAUCCUGACGCUGGUAACAACAACAGUAGCAAUAAAAAUGAAGACGAGGAAAAUGGAGACGACGACGACACCGACGACUCAAGCGACGAUGAUGACUCGUCGAGUGACGACUCCACCUGAGUUCAGAGCAAAUAGCAGUUGUUAAGUAUUAUUGAAACUUCUACCAUGUAAAGCUAUUUAGUACGUAUCGCUACGAUGAACGCACAGAACAGCACGUGUGUCACUGCUCGGGCUGCUAUGGAUUGUGGACCGUGGCUGUACGUUGAUUAGGCACAUAGAGAAAACCGGUUCCAACGGCCUUACAUUUCAUAAACUAUGUAAAGCCGUUGCUCCGGAUUGUGUACAACCAUUACUACGACAUUAUUCGGUUGUUAUCGUUGUUGUUGUUGAAAAAUACGUGUAUUUGUUCGGCGAAGCCUACGAUUUAUCGUUUAACUGCUACCAGGCUGCUUACUGCGAUUACUGAACUGAUCAGUUAAUGUUAUAUGAUUGUUGAUCUAUAGUAUUGUUAAGCUGAGCGUCAACUAGCGCGAUAAGAUUAUUAUUAUAGUAGACGUUAAAAUGAUUAGCACAUGGCACAGGCGUUCGAAUACAUCAGGUGAAUGAAUGAUGGAUACAUUAUGGGAAUAACAGGCUACGACGCUUAAUCCCGCUAGAUUUGACUUGAUCCUGACGUUCGAAGAACCUACUGUUAUUAUUAUUAUUAGCUGACUGUCGCAGCCGGAGUCGCAACUUGCCGGCAACUCAGUCAUAAGAACCUACGAUAUGUGCGCAAUUAGAAUGGACAUGGCUCGAUAUGAUAGGGAUCGUAUCACCACUAACUUCAGGUCGACUUAUCAUUGAUUUUCCAGUUUUUUUCCCCAAUAUCUCCGAAUUUAUUUAUAUCGACUAAACAAUAGGUGUAUCGCCCAGACUCCAUGCACAUGUGAUAGCAAACUGUAGACGCCUGUGGAAGCGUUAUCGCGAUUGGCGAAGUGUAAAUACGCUAACAUAUGUUUAGAAUGUAAGACGAGGUACGGGUAGUGAAUGCGGUGAGGUCAAAAUACGUAAAAUACCCUAGUCUACUCGAGAGCUGUUGCCGUAAUUAAAGGUGACGCGUAAUGCUUAACAGCGGAGAACGGGUAAUGGGCUAAGCCUCAUUGUUGUCUAUUGAAUGAGGCUCCUAUUAUAUUUCUCAACCCCCAAAACUAUUCCGAGUGCUCAACGAAUUAUGUCAGUCAAGAGUAUGGAAAAAUAAGAGGCAAUGUUGGCUCUUAAGUGCUUAUAUUACCCUAUAAUUUGCCUCAGUUGUGUUGUGUAGUACUUAUAAGCGGUGCGCAGUCACCUUCCAGUAGCCCCCGGUGGGCCCAGUUGAGUUUCUAGAUUUUUUCAUUUUGUUAUAUAUUUUCUGUGCGCGAAAGAGAGAGAGACCCUAUUAGAGUCGAUGGUGAUUCGUGUUCACUUACAUAUACAGUGUCAACUGUAUUUGAAACAAAUAAAAAGAAGCGUGUUAUUACUAUGUUACAAACAUAUCGAGUUAAAUGGAAUCUUUAAUUUACCGUACGUACAUGCAUAUGUCUCGCUCAGAUUUAAUUGUAAAAAUGUGGAAAUAAAGUCAAAAUUACCUAUAACUCGUUCAUAAAAAUCAUAUAAUGACGAUUUUUAUGAAAAUCCGCUAUUUGCUUCACUGUGCAAAUAUAUUAGUUCGGUUUUAUUCUCUAUUCGUAUCGCUUGUUUAAUGUUUUGCUAAUAACAAGCAGCAGAUGGUACUUUGUGUGAGGCCGUGGCCUUUGGACUACCUCAGUGAUUCAUCCGAUUCCUCAAAUAGCGUAUGCAGAGCUUCUGGUUGGUUAAGAAAAAAACGUGCGUGCACUCCGAUGCAGGAAGCUCUGAACGUCACCUCUGAAAAGGCUUGAGUCUUGUCAUCAUCAAGCCAUGGCAGGGCUACGGUUCCCGCAGACUCUUUCGCGUAGACCUCAAAGCUACCCUUGUCCGGCAAAUUCAUCGGUCUCUCCGAAAAUUAGGAAAGGGCUACAUCUUUCAUACAAAAGUGUGGUUUGAGCUUUUUCAACAAUUUCAAAUUACUCCAUCUUUGUGAAAAAAAUUUAAGAAUACGUAGUCUCUAGUAGAGAUACGCUGUCUACUUCGAUUAAUCUUCUCUCCGAACGUUUUUCCUUCGUGUUGUGGUCAAGUAGAUAAAAUUCCAGUGAAAUUACAAAAUACAACUAAAACAUAUACCCCAGCCACAACGUGAAUUGCUAAAAACGUAGAAAUUUCUAGGCGUAUCCCUCACAUUAUUGACUAAGACCAACGCUAUUAGAUGCUUUUAUUCGUUUAGUCCACGCAAAUUCUAUCAAUCGCUAGCGAUCGCAGGCCUACGGUUUGUUUAAACGGAAAAUCGACAAUACGUCAAAGGAAACUCUCUGAGCAUGAAUAUGUACUAAGCUGGCAUAUAGACGGCCAUCCUCAACCCCAUACGAUAUCCAAACAAAAGGGCAUACAAUCUUAUA